CAUGGAGCCUGAUCAAUAGUUGAUGGCAUUCUCUUGACUUUUGUGCUUGUUGAUGAAUAUAUUUUUUACUUUUUUUGCGAUUUGUUCGUAUCAAGAACCCGUGAUCAAAGGUUAAAAGGAACUUGAAAUAUCUUUAACCUGAGAUGGACAUUACGAAAGAAGUGGAAAGCGCAUUGGAAGAAGAAGGUUACGUUAAAAUCGACUCGACUUCCUCGAGCACCAUGUCCACCUCUACUUCUCCUGUUUCCAUUGGGGAUAAAAAAUCGAGUUCACGUGGCGUCACUUCGGUUCAUUCGCACUCGGUGACCCAAAUAACGAGCCCCGUUCAGCAGAAGAUUCGCACGGACGUUUCAGCAAGUGAUCUCUUGGAAAAUAAGAGUGGUAAAUCAUCUCCAAAUUCAUCAUCGACGUGGCAAGGCCAGGGGCAAACUUCUGACCAGGAUGGCGAUGGGAAUGAUGACUUAACUAGCGGGGUUUGGGGCUGGAUGUCCACUGCAAUGUCGGUUGGAUUACAAACAACGCAAAACAUUGGUAGAAAUAUUAUGGAGAAAACCAAGACUUCAGUUGAAAGUGUGAUCACAACACUUGACCCAGAAAUGGAGGACUACUUAUCAGACAGGAGAGAACAGUCUAUAAGCCUGGCUGUUGCAACCACUGAUACUGAAGCCAUAGAAGCAAUAAAGGAUGGGUUCCGUCAAGUGUUUGAACAUGUUACCAUGCAGUCAAAUUCCUCGACAUCUGGGAUUGCUCCCCUUCCUGUAGGAUUUUCAGCUGGGGUGAAGGGAGCACAGCAUAGAAUAGCCAGUUUAGUGCGUGGAAAGAAAGUGCAGGAAGGUCAAGUGAUCAUUGGAGUGGAAGAAAUGUUGUCAGAGCUGUUACCUGGCAAGUGGUUUGGUUUAACAUGUCUUGCACUGAGUGACCCAACUUCAAAGACAGAGCUUGAAACAUUCUCUCAAUCAGUCCAAAUUCCAAGUUUUUAUAUCAAGAAAGCAGAGGAAAGCACACCAUCCAAUUACAACCUAAGAUGGUCAGGGCUAUCAUUUACUCUUGGGGAGGUUAUGCUUGGCUCUGGGCAAGAGUAUGGCGAUUGGCAUUCUAAAAUAUCAGGUUCUUCCAAAAGACAAAUUCUUACUUUAGCUGCAAGGAGUUUAGCAGGGCAGUUUAGAGAAAGAUUGAGAGCUAGUGCUGACUCAUUGAUGGAGAAUGCAUUAGUUAUGUAACAAGUUGAUACUAACGUUAGAAUAUUGAUGCUAUGUAGGUUCUGACUACCAAGAUAGAUGUUAUUAUAGUAACUCUAAUACAUAUUUAAAUUGUUCUUCCUAUUCCAUAAGUAUUUUGUUUAACUGCAUUAGUAGAGUUCAGGGAAAUAAAUGGAGAAAUUUAAUAUUCAAUUACCUUCAAAUGCUCUUUUACUCUGGAAAAAAUAAUAAAAAAGACACAAAAAAUAGAUUAGGAAAGAUUUCACAGUUUUCAUUACACAGUAAAAACACAACAUACAAGUAUUUAUCAUUAGACAACUUUGUCUUAACCAUGAAACAUGUUAAUUACUUACUGGCAUAGAGCUCUUUCUGUUAGUUACACAUGUUAGAAUUUAUAUGCACAUGGCAUGAUAACUUUUCCAUGCCAGAGUUUCAUGCCUUCAUAUUUCCCAUUAGACCUUGCCUUACAUUAUAUGAAAUUUGAAUUUGUUAAAGUGAAUGCAAAACAAAACAUGAAAUUAAUAAUUAGAUUCUAUGGGGUGAUAUUUCCAUUCAGUAAUAGGUCACAGAUGAUGUCAACAGUGGCACAUGAGGCGCAGUCAAGUCUGUCUCAUUGUGAUGUCUUCUAUGAUCCAUUACAGACUGUACAGAGCCAUGGCAAAAUGGAAUCUAUUUGUUUUAUGACUGAUAAGGAAGCAAAAUGUUGUUAUUGGUGACGUCAUUUCUGUGUGUCUUCCAAUAUAUUAUGAGUGGGAACCAUUCAAAAUGUGUGUACAGUUCAGCUGAACAUAUAUUAAUACCCUGUACAAGAUUUAGUCACCCAUUGCACUUCACCAUAGUAAAGAAUCACAACUUAUCUGUUAAACAUUCAUAGUAAUAAUAAUGCCUUAUUACUCCUGGCAAUUUAUUUAUGUGUAAUUAGGGUCCAUAGCUUUGAGGGUACUUUAGUUUCCUCCCUUGCACCAAGAUAUUCGAAGGAAAUUACAUUGUGCACCUCUUGAGAAUUUGAGAAUUGUAUUUAAUGCAAGAGUAUAAUUAAUAGUUAUUUUAAAUUACUAUCUGCUGAGUGUUAAAAAUGUUAAGUUAAGAGUUUAUUGGAGCUAGCCUAAUGAUCAGAUAACUUAUGGCUAUUUGAAUAGAUCAGAUGUAAAAUAUAUUUUAAUUGAAUCUAAAAUAAAAUGCAUUGAAGAAGCAAUAAAAGACCUUACUAAGGGGGAAAACAGAUUUGAAAACAAACAAAGUUGGUGUGAAAUAAUGUACUAUUUUCCAUGUUCUUUAUUUCCAGGGGUUAUUUUCCAUACAUUUUUGAAGUAUAAGUGUUAAACUUUCAUUAAUGUUUAUGUCAGCAAUCGUGGGCAGAAGGCAUAGGGGAUUUAAUUAUUAUACACAUGAUUAUUUUUUUGUGAAAAACAAAGCGUUUUUCUCUGUUUAUGGUUGGGACUUCACUGUCUUAUUUUUUAUGCCAAGAAGCAAAUAACAAAUAAAUGCUGCAUGACCAAUUUA